CCUCUCCUUCUUCCUCGAACCUAUCCAUUCGCAAAACCCCUUUCUCUUCGCUCCUCUCUCUCUCUGUCUCUCUGUCUCUCUCUCGAUAGAGAAGGUUCGGGAACACUAAGUUGACUCUAGUUUUCUACGGGAUGAACCCCCCGCAGACCCGACCGGAGCCGGAUCGACAGGCCUCUACGGCGCCACCUGCGGCUACGAUGGCGGCCGCGGUGGCUCAGGCUGCCAUCCAACCAUCCUCGCCUCGCUUUUUCCUCUCCUCCGUCGCAGCUGCCUGCCCCUCGCCUGGCUCCCACCGCAGGAUCGCGAUCGCGGUCGACCUCAGCGACGAGAGCGCCUACGCGGUGAAGUGGGCAGUCCAGAACUACCUCCGCCCGGGCGACGCCGUAAUCCUACUCCACGUUCGGCCCACCUCAGUCCUCUACGGCGCCGACUGGGGCGCCAUCGACGUCUCUGUCUCCGCCGCCGAUGCUGCGAAAGCGGAGGACGCUGGCUCCGAGGAGUCGCAGCGGAAGCUGGAGGACGACUUCCAUGCCUUAGCGGCGGCGAAAGCCCAGGACCUCGCCCAGCCCCUUGUGCAGGCUCAGAUCCCGUUCAAGAUCCAUAUCGUGAAGGACCAUGACUUGAAGGAGAGGCUUUGCUUGGAGGUGGAGCGGCUCGGGCUUAGUGCUGUGAUCAUGGGGAGCAGGGGCUUCGGAGCUGCGCGGAGGACUAACAAGGGGAGGCUUGGAAGCGUCAGCGACUACUGUGCUCAUCAUUGUGUUUGCCCUGUGGUGGUGGUGCGCUAUCCUGAUGAAGGGACCAGCGAUGCUGCGGAGGCAGGCUCUAUCGAUGGUGGUAAUGCAGUGCCUGCCUUGGGCACGGCAGGGAAGGAUCCGGAAUUGCAACCCGUGCCAGAAGAGGAUGAGUUCCAUGAUGCAUCCAGUGAGCAGAAAGAUUGACAAGCGAAUGGAUUUUGGCAUGGUUCUCUUGAAUCAAGAGUGCUGUGGCCAAGAAUCAAAGGGAGAAACAUACGAGACUACCUGAGAAUGAGGCGACUCCGCAGCCUUAUCAAAUGAAUCUAGUUCAACAAUCUGCCCCUUGUUUCACUAUCUACUGGCUCGACGAUGGAUGAGUAUCUUUUCCGGUUCCUCAGAGUCUUCUUAGUAUCAAAAAGUUUCAAUUGCUUUGUGAAAAGUAUUUAUGCUUCCAAAACCAUGCCCUGUUUGCAUGAUGCCCAUGUAGAGUUGCAUGUUUAUUUCCUGUCCUCUCUGAUACAAAUAAUAAGAACCAUCACACAUGCACAUGGUUUUAUGAUUGUAAACAUUGUAUUCGAGUUAUUAUGGCUUUCGUUGCUUUUGUUGUUAUA